AUGACUGUAGUCAGUCCCAGUUACCACUCAGCCGUCUCAGAGAACUGGGACGACGAUUUUGAAUUUCAGACCGGAGUUGAUGCCAAGCGGCCAGGCGCUGGCCUCGACGACUCUCGUUCACCUCGCACCGCGUCACAUCGAUCCCUGUCCAAUGGCGCCCUCGACGACACCAACGUGAAAGGGUCCCCUCCGAGUCAGUCUCUCUUGCGAGAAUGGGCAAGACCGGGACCGUCCACGCCAUCACGUCGCGCAACUCCACCACCUGCGGAGAAUUGGGACGAAGACUUUGAGGAUAAGGCCGACUUUGCAGACGCGCCGAACGGCUCUUCUCCCUCUCGUCCGAAAACCCUGUCGCGUACACACAAGACUUUUCAAGAACUAGAGAACUGGGAUGACGACUUCGAGAUCGACAAAGGCAAUUCGCCUACGCGCGAUGCAAAUCGGGGAUCUUCAGAUGAUGAGGGAGGCAUGGGGUACGCGGACCAGGAGGACGACAGAACCGUGACGGCACGGUCGCGAAGGGUGGCCCUUCCAAAGCAGAGCCCGCCUCCCCCAGUCCCUCCUUUGCCCCCGUCUAUACUGUCCGCUCACGAACCCUUUCCUGGAUCUCCCACCAUGUCGAUCUUUUCUGUCCCAUCGGGCCGUGAUUCUAUCGCUCAUUCGUACGCCUCACAUGUUCCGCUCAGGGCUGGCAGCUCCUCCUUCCUGGCGAUCCUACCUCCGAGCCCUCCCAUCCACAAGGAGCGACGAAGACUUCGUAAGAAGUCUCGGCCUCCGGAUCACAACCUGUUCGAGCUACUUGACAGAGACAGAGAUGACAUCCAUGUGCCUUCUCCGCCCCAGUCACUUCCCACCGAAUAUCCCGCAACACCACCUGAACACAACGUGACCAAGGGCCCCCUGCUCUCUAGGAUCGGUUCGGUGAAAAAGUGGGGCGUUCGUAGGAAGCGGGCGAGCACGGAUCCAACCGACGUCAUGCUCAACGAGAUUGACUCCACCCCUCGUCCAUCCAGCUCAACUUCGAAUCAUCAUUCUCACUCAAACUCUCCUUCGUCGUCCCACAAACCGUCAGGUUGGUUUUUUCGAUCUGGCGGGGGCGGGGCUGAUAUGCCGGGAUCGCCACCCCCGCCCUCUGCCGCGGAUCUCAAACAUGAAAUUAGCAUCGAUAGGCUCAAGGCCUUUUCGAACACUUUCGAAUCGCCAACUCGGACAGAUCAGAAGCCCCUACAGCAGCUCGGCUUUCAUCCUAAUGGCUCAUCUGGAUCUCGCGGCUCGACGCCGGAUCAGACUCCUCCACCAUCUCCUAUGAUUCUCCGGCGCCCGUCGUCGAUGCAGGUACCACCAGCUAUGCCCUUGUUUCCGCGACAUACUUCGCACGGUGCUAUGACGGUCGGGCGCUCGGUUUCUCGCUCUACCUUCUCGACCAGUACGGACGACCUCGAUAAGGAUCGCAAGGGCAAAGAGAGGGAGAAGGAGGAGGGCCAUCGUGGGUUCAUGGGAGGGAUGCGGAGGAUUAGUUUGGUAGGCAGUCAGAAGAAGCACAACAUGAUGAAGAGCACCGCUGGUCAGGAUCGCGACAGCUUCCCAGCAACAUCCGCGAGCGUUAUACCCCAGUUACCCGACGCCGCAGGAUCCGGCCAGCCUGAUCAACUGUUACCACUAAUCGAACUGAGGCCACAAUCUUCUUCGCGAAUAUCCAACGGCCGUGAAGCUCCGAGUGCGAAUACUGACUCCGUCUCUAUACCAUCAGAUAUUGAUACAACAUAUCCUCGUCCUUCGGUUGACACCUCAUCAUCCGUUCCUUCGCAAGUGGCCACAUCGCCUCAUUCACCCCCCAUCAAGCCUUCUACUUCCCCCCAUGCCGCUUCUCUGGGUCGUUCCGCCCAGGUCCCGAGCACAUCUUCGAUAAGUACGGCCGUACCUCGGAGGAAUUCGCUUGGUGACCUCAAGAUCCCUGCGCGGAUCAGCCAAGCUCAGGUCGGCCUCAAAAGGGACUUGGGGAUGGUCCGAGAAUUCGCAGCCAGCGUGGAGAGUGAGCUCCCUCUCGGUUUCCUUCGUAAAAGUGACACUGACACUUCCUCAGAGUUGAAGGAACUUCAGUCCAUUUAUCAUUCCCUCGUCUACGAAGUUCAUGUCACGAUCGCGGAUUCAGCUAGCCGACCCCCAUCUCGUGCCAAAUCUCCAACUUUUUUCUCUCAUUCGCGCUCCCGGGCUCGUUCGAAUACCAACCCAAUUCCAGCAUCAGAGGCGCAGAAGCAUAUUGCCACGACGUAUGCAACAAUUGACUCGAAGUACAAGAUUUCUUGGGAAUGCGCAGAGCUGUUGAUCGAGCUCGGAGGAGGGAACCCUGUGCCUGUAUCCCCUCCCUCAAGUGCACCUGCGUCUACUCCCGAGUCCAUCGUGGACAUGGCGAACAGUCGUCCAAAUAGAGAACGGGCUAUCACACUUGGCGGCGACGAAUCCAAGCCACCGUUACCCCCUAGUUCGACGAUAGGUCCUCCUAUGGCUUCUCCUCCCAACCUUGGGUGGCGUGCAUCUACUGGUCGUAAUGAUCUCAGCCAACGGCAAUUGUGGCUGCUGCGCGAUAUGCUGAACAACCCAGAUUCCUCUGUUGGAAUGUCAGUCGACUCGCGAAUUCCAGAAGAGGGUGCGGUGAACCGAGGCUGGCGCUGGGGCGAUCCUAUGAGUAGCACUGUCACACUUCCUUCGGAGGAGUCAGUGCGUACAUCUUCUCCCUCGAAGAAGCGAAGGGCUAGUCGAUUGGGUAUGAGUGGAUUGAGAGACAUGCUGCGUUCUCUCACGCGUGGCCAUGGCCAAUCUCAGAUGCAUCAAACGGCAUUUCAGACACCGUCAGCUGCUGCGAGCACGGAGUCGUCGCUGGAUAGUCACAGCCACCCGCAGCCAGUGUCGCAAAGCGGGCACUCGUCGCAGCGUCGCAGAUCAAAGACGAGUGCUGGGCCCGACUCCACUUCGGCUUCUAUGCGCGCUACGUCCCCGUUCGAUGCAUCAGCUUCCUAUACUCACAAGUCGUCGCCACGAAGGCCAUCUCUGGCCUCUAUCUUCCGGUUCGCUCAGAAGAACAAAUCGCUUAGUGGCGAGUCUUCGCAAACUCCAGGUGUAUCGAAGAACGUCUUGCACUCUUCGAGCAGCGGGUCUGAUUUUAGCAGCCCUUCGAAGGAAGAAGAGGAAGACUGGGAUCGUCUAGACUCUGCCGCGGACUUGGAUGCUGCUGCGAAGGCCUUGGGACUCGGAAAAGAUGGGACGGCAACCAUCCGGGGGAGAAAAGCCCGUUCGCCCUACCUCGCUGACGCUGGAGCAACACCACGCAAGAACACCACUGCUUCGCAGUCAUCGAUAUCGCUAUGGAACGAUUCUCCUCCUUCCCCUGCGCAUCCCGCCCAAGUCCCAUCACUCUCUCGUCCUACACGGCUUUCCAAUGUUGAAGAGUCUACUGAGUCUGAUGCCCGUGUAAGUCGCGUCAAGGGCAAAAGUUCGGCCCGAAAAACUCGCACGGAAGCUCCGAGCGCGAGUCCGCAUCGACGGCCAUCUGGGCGGCGGGGCACUAUGUCAGGAUCGGUGCGUUCAGCGCCCCCUUCUUCAUUCACUCCUGGGCUCGGAUCUGUCGAGGGCACAGAUCCCAAGUUGGCGAUGACGCCGGAGAAUAUCAGGCCGCUCCUAGAGAAUGCGAAGGAGGUGCACGCGAAGUGUGCGGAGUGCAUCGAGGAGAUGAAGGUAUUGCUGGCGAUAAAAACGUCAUAACAUACCGCGAGUCUCGCAUACUUGUUUCAGACGAGUGGAGCAGACAUCUUUCGGUGGGGAAUAUAUCACACAUCUCGGACUCGCCACGUCAUUCCUUUACAUCUACAUGCUUUGCCUAUCAAAGCAGCAUUUCUUUUUGUCUUCUCAAUCAUCUUUAUAUAUCCCUGCUGGUCUGUUUGAACAUUCGAUUCGUUUCAUGUCCUUGACUUGACUCACAAUGUACUUAUUCUACAAUGCC